CUCUACACAUCACUCAAAACUACCAACACACAGCCACUCACAUCACACAUUAGCCAGCCAAACACACAACACUCACAGUUACCCAUAUCAUUCACAACCAACCACACACAACCAUAUCACACAUAUGACACAGUGAAAAGCACUUCUGGCUACUCAACACAAACACACUGUAAACCCCACAGCUUUCACACAAAUAAAUAA